GUUUGGUUCUAAUAUAUGUUUAAUUCAUAUUUUAUUGUAUAUGAAGUAUAUUCAAUUAAAUUGAAACUACUCAGCGGAGGUCUACGGGAGGAGAAUAAUGCAUCUUUUAAGAUGGUAUCAGAGACGGGGACAGUUAUACCAAACCCAAAGAACCUGGAGCCUUCAUGCAGCCUGAGUGUCAAAAACGUUUCCUAUACUGUAAGUGAGCGUAUAGGACCUUGGUGGGAUCUUCCAUCUUUUACAAAAAAAUGGACAAGACAAAUAUUGAAUGAGGUCUCAUUUCAUGUUGACAGUGGCGAGAUCAUGGGAAUUCUGGGAAACUCAGGUUCUGGUAAGACAACCUUGUUAGAUGCUAUAGCCGGACGAAUUGGGAAUACUGGUAACCUACUGGGAGAUGUGUUUAUAAAUGGAAGAAAGCUAAAAAGGGAACAAUUUCAAGAUUGCUUCUCUUAUGUGCUACAGAGUGACAACCUGUUGAGUUAUCUGACAGUGGAGGAGACUCUGACAUACACAGCUCAGCUGGCUUUGAGACAGCAUUCUGCUGAGGCUAUACGCAAAAAGGUCACCUGUGUCAUGGCAGAGUUGAGUUUAGGACAUGUGGCUCACAGCGUGAUUGGGGGCCGUGUUUUCCCGGGCAUCUCUGGAGGAGAGAGAAGAAGGGUCUCCAUCGCCAGCCAGCUGCUUCAGGACCCAAAAGUGAUCCUCUUGGAUGAGCCGACCACAGGACUGGACAGCAUGACGGCCAAUCAGAUUGUGGUGUUGCUUUGUGAACUGGCCAAAAGGGAUCGAAUAGUCAUAGUUACCAUACAUCAACCCCGCUCAGAGCUUUUCAGAAUCUUCAGCAGAAUAGCCAUCAUGAGUCGAGGAGAACUGGUGUUCUGUGGACAACCUGGAGAGAUGGUCGAUUUCUUCAGCAGCUGUGGAUAUGACUGUCCCGAGUACUGCAACCCCUUCGAUAUAUAUGUGGAUCUGACCUCCGUGGACACUCGCUGCAGUGAGCGAGAAGCUGCCACCUACAGUCGGAUGCAUGACACUACAUCGGCCUACUGCAGCUCAGACAUCUAUAAAAACAUGCUGGAGAGGAUCGAACAGAGCUGCCAGAUACCAGACAAACCCAUGAUCCCAUUUAAAAGCAAGGAGUCGCCCAACUGCAUGUCCAAACUGAACGUACUGCUUAGGAGGACUAUGCGCAAUGUGUCUCGUGACAAAAUGGGGAUUCUCAUGCGCCUCUCUCAGAAUCUCAUCUACGGCCUCUUUAUUGCUUUUUUUGUUAUGAAGCUGGAUAUCAAUGUAUCUAAAGGUGCCGUGCAGGACCGAAUCGGCAUCAUCUACCAAGCCAUGGGUGCAUCACCCUACACCGGCAUGCUGAAUGCUGUGGCCCUGUUUCCUGCUUUAAGGGCCAUUUCUGAUCAGGAGAGUAAGGAUGGCUUGUACCAGAAGUGGCAGAUGUUUCUGGCUUAUAUUAUUCAUAUUCUUCCCUUCAGUAUCAUCAGUGUCUUCGUCUUCACUUCAUUCUUGUACUGGACUGUUGGCAUGAACCCAGAUCCCUUUAGAUUCCUGUGUUUUUCAGCAGUGGUCCUGGUGCCUCAUAUUGUAGGUGAACUCCUAACUUUGGUCUUGUUGGGUGUUGUUCAAGACCCCAACAUGGUCAAUAGUGGGGUAGCUCUACUCAAUAUAGCGGGUAUCAUGGUGGGCUCUGGAUUCCUAAGGGGUUUUAAACAAAUGCCUGUGGUGUUCCAAUGGCUGAGUUAUCUGACCUUCCAGAAGUACGGCUGUGAGAUUCUCAUCGUCACUGAGUUCUAUGGCCUGAACUUCACCUGUACACCUGUAGCUGGCUUUCCAGGAUCAUGUUAUGUAGACAACGGCAAUAUGAUCAUAGAUGAGGGUUAUCCUGGAGCCCCCUCACGCUACACACAGGACUUCCUUCUGCUUUAUGCUUUCCUGCCUGCACUUAUCAUAUUGGGCAUCAUCAGCUUUAAGAUAAGAGACCACAUCAUCAGACGUUAACCUUUUACAAUAAAGUCAUAGUUUAUGUUCUUUAUUUUAUAAGUAGGUUUUCUAGGUUCUAAAAUGUACAUCAUUUUUCACUUGAGAAACAUGAAAUCUGAAUACAUUCAUUCAAAUGUAUAUAUUUCAUCAAAGAAAUUAUAUAUAAUGACUA